UUGCCACUCCGCCGUUAAGUGUUUAUGGCGCCCUCAAGCGUUAAGUUUCGUGUUAGUAAGCAAGAUGGCUGCGCCCGUGUUCAGACUAACCAGGUUCCUCGUCAGUCAGGCCAAAUCCUCCAUAUGCCGAGCCUGUCAGAAUGCAGUAUGGAACGCAGGGACAGCAGUGCGGUGGAAUUCUAACAGGGCCGUCAUUGCCAAGACGAACCGCAAGGUUUACACCCGACAGUACCCGGUGCUGGUGGUCAACCCAGAUGGGUCAACGUUUCGCAUCAAGUACAAGGAACCCCAAAAAAUUAUCAAGCUACCUCUCGAUAUCAACAGCUUGACGUUUGAUGAGCGCAAGAAACGUCUCAGUCGCUAUCAAGUCAGGAAAAAGAGAGUCAUCAAGGAUGAUCUAGGCGACGAUGCUGACGUCACCAGCAAGUACCGGCAUUUGUGGAAGAAAACAUAGUCCCUUUAGUGAACUAGAUGAAAAGGAAUAAUUUAUUUCAAAAAGUUGGGGAAUUUUUACAUACUUCUCUGAAGAGGAUACAGCUCUUCAUGCUCCUGUUGUCAAGCGACUCAAAUGUUUGAGACAAUGUUGUCAAACUUUGAAAACUGGAUCAAAACAGUUCAAGAUGCCAUCUGAAUUUGGAGUCGAGUUCUUCUGGUAUUCCUGUUGAUUUUUAUCUGUCCAAAGUGUCAAUUUUUUGUACCAUGUAUUACAGACACAAUUUUAGCAAAUGCAAUUUUGAGUAUUGUGACAGUUUAAUGUUCAGCAUUGAAUGGGGCCAACACAAAUAUAUCUCUGCAGCGGGAAUAAACGCAAAUUUUUCUUGUAUCUUUGAUUAACAAAAUUAUCCAUUUAUUUGUCUGACAUCUGCCAGAUUACAAAUCCACAUGCUAAAAUGUAUUUUAUUAAUUAAUAUUUUGUUGUUGCUUUACUAAAAUGUUACAAAACUGUUAAGAAAGAUUGCAAAACCUGAAGCAUUGGAAAGUAAACGGAUUUCGUGCUAACAAUUGUAAAUAGGUGGUCAUUUAAUGUCAAUUCUUUCUACACGCAUUUUAUAUUAUUUAAAACUGUAGCUAUUACAUUUUAAUGCAGUGUAAGUAUUGAAAACAAACUGGUGCAAAAUGCAAGUCCAGAACAUGACAAAUGGGUAUCUAACUGAAAGUUAAACAAGGUCGGGGCAUAUUGCGGUACUUGGCUGUAGCCGUAUCUUCCUGAGACUUGGCAGAACAUCAUAGCACCAUCUACACGGUAUGCCGAAAAAUGUCCAGACAUUUAGAGGGAGUUUAACAAGGCAAAUGCCAAAGUUUAUCAGCUAUUCUGGUAUAGUAUGCACUUGUGUAGAGUGAUCAAACUAUGAUAUGAAAGCUUACAAAUAAUAAAAUUCCUUCAACUAAA